CACUGUUACACCACGAUGGCAGCUGUGUUGGAGACACAUGGGCAGACUUCUGCUGAAUUAGCAGAAGACUCAGACUCUGUGUGUGAGGACAGCAGCGCACACAGUGACGUAGAAGAAGGGAGCAACAGCGAAGGCUCAGAUGAUGGAGGAGCAGAUGAUGGCUCAGAUGAGGAUGGAGGGAGUGACGGAGAGGAGGCAGAGGAUGAAGACGGAGGUGACAACGACGAAGAAGUUGAUGAUGACGGCAAUGCCAAUGCUGGAUGGGCAGAGGCCAUGGCCAAGAUUCUGGGGAAGAAAACCCCGGAUAGCAAAAGCAGCAUCCUGGUGAAGAACAAAGAGUUGGACAAGAUGAAGGAGAAAGAAAAAGAGGAGCUGCUGGAGAGAAAGAAACUGGUUGAUAAGAAGCGAGCCUGGGAGAUGAUGAGCAGAGAGAAACCUGAUGUGGUCAAAGACCGUGAGACUGAGAAAGCUCUACAGAGGAUUGCUACCAGAGGAGUGGUGCAGCUGUUCAACGCUGUCAGGAAACACCAGAAAACAAUCGAUGAAAAGGUGAAGGAAGUCGGAGGCUCAGAGAGGAAGAAGGCCAAGAUUCUGUCCUCUGUCUCUAAGAGGGACUUCAUCGAUGUCCUGAGGAGGACAGAAGGAAGCAGUGGAGUCACUGUAAAGACUGAAAAGGACACUGGUGCUGCGGAAGAGAAGCCUGCCUGGAGCGUCCUCAGAGACGACUACAUGAUGGGAGCCACCAUGAAAGACUGGGAUAAAGACAGCGAGGACGGAGAGGAGGCUGAGACACAGGAAGGAGGAGGUGCAGAGGACAGUGACUGACACCAUCCAUACAUACUGAAAAAACUGUGUACAGACAGCCUGCUGUGAUGCCUUCAGGGUCAGUCUGCUCCUGAAUCCCUGACAUGUCUAGGUCUGGAAAUUAAUACAUGAGGAAGUAAUGUAGUAAAUCCCAGCUCUUCAUCAGUCUGUGCACUGCACAGGAAGGAUGGAGACAGUCUGGAAUUUGUGUCCUUUACUGAUAUUUGUUGAUAUGUUCUGCAGAGGCGGGAAGGGGAAGUGGCAGUAAAUCAUACUGUACACUAAACGCAUCAUCAGAAAAGUGUGUAAACAGGAUGUAAAUGAGAUAUUAAGACUGGAGGAGCUCAGAAGCAGCUCCUCACUGUUUGUCUGGUGUAUGACUAUUUUAUAACUAUAAGAGCAGUGAGCAUGUAAACCCUGUAAAUAGGAAUGUUUUGUACAGUUCUGGUUGAAUAAACAGCUGAUUCAUAUAG